AAUGAAAAGGGGCAGCAAGGUGGGUUCACCGAAGUCCGCUCCAGAGAGCGGUCUUGUGCGCAGGCCUUGAUCUCCGCGUUCUCCAGGUUCUAGCAACAUGGUGUGCUGGCCAGUCAUGUCACCUGCCAGCCCUGUGUGGCAGAGAGUACGAGUCCUGUGGGUGUUGUGGGCACUGUUAACUAUGUUACUGGAGCCGUGGAAGACGUGGGCGACAGACUCUUACAACCAGUGCAGCUGGCAGGUUGUCCUGAACAAGUUUGAGACAGUAGGCGAAAACGACAUGAAUGAUCGGUUCGUUGAUCAAGAGCCCGUGGAUACAGUGGCCAACGUGUUCAGCAUGUUGGUAGACUCGCCAAUUGAUGUGCGCGAGAAAUACCUGGGAUUCCCUUAUUACUUGAAAAUCAACUAUUCCUGUGUGGGACAGGCUUCUCAGGACCUGGUUCGAAAGGGCCACCUGAUGGGGCUGAAGCCCUUGGUGCUGGUCACCUUCCAGUACCCAGUCAACUUCUACCGCUGGAAGAUGGAGCAGCUGCAGAUUGAGAUGGAGGCUGCCCCAUUCCGUAGCAAAGGGCAGUGCUUGGCAGAGGAAGUAUGCAUCAUGAACUGGUACACGCCCAUGCCCAUCAAAAACGGCAGUGUGGUCAUGCGUGUGGACAUCAGCAGCAAUGGCUUGGGGCCUUUCAUUCCCCCCAAAAGGUUCUAUGUGAAUAUCAAUGGUUUCCAGAAGAGAGAGAACAAUGAAAUUCGUUUCACUGUGGGAGAUGAGCUCUUUGAACUGAAGAAGCACUACUUUCAGAAAGAAGGCUCGAGACCCCUGUGGUACACUCUAAACCAUUCACCUGUGCUCAUUCUCGGGGGCAUUUCCAAUGAAAAGGCCAUUCUGAUGACAGAUACCAACUUUGAGGGCUACUCUCUCGUGGAGUUGAGCAUUGACAGUUGCUGGGUCGGCUCCUAUUAUUGUCCCCUGUCUGGCUUCUCGGCAACCAUUUAUGACGCCAUCUCCACUGAGAGCACACUCUUCAUCCGGCAGAACCAGCUCGUCUACUAUUUUACAGGCAGCUACAACACUCUGUUCAAGCGCAACCAAGACAGCAGCAGGUGGGUUCGUGUCCUGGCCAGCGAAUGCAUCAAGAGAUUAUGCCCUGUGUACCUUGGCAGCAAUGGCUCUGAGUACAUACUUGCGCUGACCACUGGCAAGCAUGAGGGUUACAUUCACCUUGGGACCAUCAGAGAUGGCCGUGUGUCCUUCCAGAUGUUGCCUGAGAAGUGGUCGGUGUGCGAAAAGUUAAUGGUUUCUUACUGCUCCAUCAACUGGGCUGUGUUCGUCUCAGAUGAGUUAAAUUUCCUGUUGCUGUUGGAGACCCAAGAACAGAACUCUACUGAAAAGUCCUUUUUCUUGAUCAACUACAACAUGGCUUCUCAAAGUAUGGAUGUCCUCUAUAAGCUGCCAAAAUUUAUACCUGAAGGACGGGACCGGGAUUUCCUAGUGAUCCUAGGGAAAGAAGUUUACACUUCUACUGCCAUGAUACCCAAGGGUCUCUUCUACAACACCUUCAACAAUUACCUAUACAUCUGGGGCAACUUCCUCCUCCAGAGCUAUACCAGGUCACACUUCAUCUUUCUAGUGGACUUCCCAAAGGAGUCAGUCAUCAAAUACGUGGUCAACUCCUUUCAAGGUGACAUGGUCUUGGUCACGGAGACAGAUGAGGUCUGGUAUUUCUUGGAGGGUGGCUAUGAUGUGCAUAAGCUGUUCCCAUCCAAGAGCUGGAACACACAUGUCAGUCUGCAAGUAAUGCAACAGUCUUCUCUCUAUGCAUCCAAAGAGAUCAUGGUCACCAUAUUUUAUGAGAACAGCCAGCUCUACCAGCUGGUGUAUCUUUUGAAGAGUGCAGUUGGCCGUCUGGUCAAGAGGCCUGUGCCUGUGGAAAAGUUGCUGAUGUACAGACAUGACAACCGACAUACCUUCCAGCUGUCUGAGAUGAUUCGGGUGCCUGUCUUUGAAAACUUCUGCCCCUUCACGGUGAUGCGGCUGCGUGACCUGCCUAACCCACAGGCCUACACCCGCCAAGAGCGCUAUCGAGCUCGGCCACCAAUGAUCAUCCAGGCUUCAGGCUUCCACAGUGAGAACUCACUUGCUGUCUAUCAAGGCCUUGUCUACUACCUGCUGUGGCUACACUCCAAGUAUGACAAGCCAUAUGCAGACCCUGUGCACGACCCUACCUGGCGCUGGUGGAAAAGCAAGACAAAUGAUGAGGUACUAGUGAGGAUGGGUUACACCUGUCCCCCACCUCCUAGUCCCUGUGCUGAUUUACCUGGCGCACCCCAGGAUUACUACUUCUACCUCUCAAGCAACUCGCAGACUGUGGGUGGUGUGUACAUUGACAUGAGCAGCUACAAAAAGAUCUACGACCUCAAGGCCGACUAUGACUUGCCUGACACCAUUUUCCUGGACAAAGGCACCACAUACAACUUCAGCAUUUUCCUGACAGCACAGGAGGACUCCUUGGAUGUUGGCUCCGCCCUUCUGGUGCACAACAAGGUAGUCUUGAGUGUGGUGGUGGCGGAUCCCACAUGCAUCAUGGCCUCACUAAAGCAGGAAGUCUUUAUUAACCGGAACUCGGUGCUGUACAAGAUUAGACUGCAGGAUAAAGGAACGUGUUAUGACCAGGGCAUCAGUGGGCAUCACCUUAAGAAGACUUCCCUGACAAUCAAAGUGGUGGGUUCUUCCGGGCACUGCUUCAUGAACACUCAUAUUGGGCCACGCAUGCAAGGAAGUUUGAUGGUGCCAGUGUUAAUUGGCUGCCCCCCAGCCAAGCGCCUGGCCUUUGAUAUCACCUACACUGUUGCGAACCACCGGAAACAAAACAAACGCUACUUUGACUGCGUGGUAGUGGAUCCAGAGAUGCCCUGCUUCCUCUUCCGUGACAUGUUCUAUCCCUUCUUCUUGAUUCAAGAUUUGGCAACAGGAGAUUCAGGCAGUUUCACAGGCAGCUAUGUGCUGAAGGUGGUGGGCGGUGGGCCAACAGUGGAUACCAUCCGGGACUACACUGAAGAUGAAAUCUAUCGUUACAACAGUCCACUGGAUAAUACCAAGAGCCUCAUCUGGAAAACAGAAGACAAAAGGACCACUCCUGACAUGGCAUUCCACAUCCUGUCCCAUCAGAGUUCUGGCAUCGAGUGGCUGUGCCUGGAGAACUCCCCAUGCCACGACAUUGUUCCCAGGAACAUUUUUGCCCCUGAAUUCUUCUUCAAGGUGUUGGUGAGCAAUAGAGGUGUGGACAACAGUACAUACUGUGACUACCAGCUCAUCUUCUUACUUCACAUCCAUGGGCUUCCACUCAGUAACAAGCGAUCACUCUUUAUUGUCAUUGUGUCAGCCAGUGUGCUUGUGGGCCUAGUGACGUUCUACAUCAUCUUCUGUAUCCUGUGGCCAUAUAUGUUGAAGGCUUGGCUCACACUUCGCUGGAAAAUUAACAAUAUUAUGGUUUCCGAGUCAUACUAUACCUAUGCCACUUCCACUGUGGCCUUCAGUACACCAUCUCAGUCAAGUUCUGGGGAGAGCUCCAAGGAACCUCCAAAGGAACCUCCAAAGGAAACUCCAGUUGACACAGGACAAAGUUGAAGAUGAGAUAGAAGUCAUUGACUUGAGCCUCUUAUGCCUGUUAUUUAUCUCAUCCCCUAUGUACUCCCACACCUCUCCUGUCAAGUUCCUCUAGAAAUGUAGCCUGCCACCUUCCUAGAUAGACUUCCCUGAUUUGCCUGAAUGUUCGUGUCUCAUUCAGACUCAAAUAAAGAUUCAUUUCAGGACCAGCCCUAA